AUGUUUCUUCGUCCUAAUGUUAUCCUAUCUGCAGCUUCCAGAGCUGCAACUACCCAACGCCCUAGCGUAGUACGUUUAGCCACCCCUGCUAUUUUCUCUCGUAUGUAUGCUUCUCUUCCUAAAGAAGAUGUUCAAACUCGUGUUAUGGAGGUUGUCAAAAGUUUUGACAAGGUCGAUCCUUCCAAGGUGACGCUCGAAUCUAAUUUCAUUAAGGAUCUUGGCUUGGAUAGUUUGGAUACAGUUGAAGUUGUAAUGGCCAUUGAAGAAGAGUUCUCAGUUGAAAUUCCUGAUAAGGAUGCUGAUGCUAUUCACAGUGUUCAACAAGCUAUUGAUUAUAUUAUUAAGCGUGAAGAUGCUCAUUAA